AGAACAUUCUGAGGAACUGGCACAAGAUGUUUCUACUGGGCAGAGGGUGUGAUAAGAGGAGUCAGAGACUGUCCUGUAUUCAGCCUUCAAGAAGCUUCAGCAAGUUUGUCUCAUUUUGUAGGGAAAAGCUAAGCGUGAGAACUUGUAGGCUCCUCUGGGAGCAGAGGAGAGAGGCGGGGAAGAGUCUACCAUCACAGAGCUGUCUACCAUCACCCACCAGAGCUGCUCCACAGCCCCAGCCCCACAGUUCCCAGGAAGACACCCCGACUGAGCAGGAAGGACUUUGGGAGAGAGUUUCUUCUGAGUCCAGUUAAGUUUGAAAUGGAGACUGGAGGCCCGUGAGCCUCCUCUUGGCCUUCGCAGUGACUGAUUCUAGACAACUCUGCUAAGGAGCACUGAAGAGGCGAUGAGACAGCCCAACCGGAAGCGGAAGCUCAUCAUGGAGUCCAAAGAGCACAUGACUCAGGACGGGUGCUUGGGGCAAACUGAAGAAGAAAAGAAGCCCAGAGGUGGUGCCACAGUUUUAAGCCAAGAACCUUCUGUGACUGCAGGGGAAACCUGGUCCUGGGAGCAGUACUUAAAAGAGUCAAGUGCUGUGGCCGCACCAGUUGAGCUGUUUUCCAAGGAUCAAUCCUUUCCAGAGCAUGAAAAUGGCUUUCAGGUUGGAAUGCGAUUAGAAGGCAUUGAUCCCCGACGUCCAUCUGUAUUCUGUGCGCUCUCUGUAGCUGAGGUAUGUGGUUACCGGCUGAGACUGCAUUUUGAUGGUUAUUUGAGCUGCUAUGAUUUUUGGACCAAUGCUGGUUCCCCUGACAUUCACCCAGUGGGGUGGUGUGAAAAGACUAAGCACAAAUUGCAUAUCCCUAAGGGUUAUAGAAAAGAUAAAAUUGUUUGGAUGGAUUACUUGAAGGCCUGUAGAUUGCAAAAUGCUCCUAAGAAAUUAUUCAGAAACAGAAGUCCUAAUGGACCAGUGCCAAAGGAGCUUCAGGUCGGAAUGAAGCUGGAGGCUGUGGACAGAAGGAACCCUCGCUUGGUAUAUGUGGCAACCAUUGCAGACAUCGUGGAAGACCGUCUCCGAGUGCAUUUUGAUGACUGGGAUGAUGGCCUAGAUUACUGGUGUGAUGUUAACAGUCCUUAUGUCCAGCCAGUUGGUUGGUGUCAGGAGAAUGGAAGAACUCUUGUAGCACCCCAAGGUUAUCCUGAUCCAGAAAAGUUUUCCUGGACAGACUAUCUGGAAGCUACUCAAACAAAUGCGAUGCCUGCUGGAGUUUUUAACACGAGGGCUCCUCAUGGCUUUUUGCCCAACAUGAAGCUGGAAGCCGUGGACAGAAGAAACCCCCGGUUAAUUCGUGUCGCCACCAUUAUAGAUGUUGAUGAGUACAGAGUAAAGAUUCAUUUUGAUGGCUGGGACCAUAAAUACGACUACUGGAUGGACGCUGACAGCCCUGACAUUCACCCCAUUGGGUGGUGUGACGUGACAGGGCACCCACUGGAAGUACCAUAUGGGGCACACGACGUGAAAAUCCUUCCAGGUCAAGCUGUAUGUCCUACUCCUGGGUGCCGAGGAAUAGGCCAUAUCCGUGGCCCACGUUAUGCAGGGCACCACAGUGCCUUCGGAUGCCCAUACUCAGACAUGAACUUGAAGAGGGAAGCGACACUUCAAGACCGCCUGAGAGACCAAACAGGGACACAUCUGGAAUCAGAGUCUUCACAUUCCAAAUCAGAAAACCUCCGUGAUUUGAAUUUCAAUGGAAAAUGCGAAAAGAUAAGCAGUCAGCCCAGACUUGUACAGCAGGCAAAGUGUUUGAAAAUCAAAGGAAAAGAAGAUAUUGACUUGGAUAAUCCCUUCAGAGAAUACUCAGCUGAACAGGCACAGCGAGUGCUUCACCGGUCGGUCUUCAUGACAUCCAUGUCGGCUCACCCUUUCCGAGACCUCCCCCUGGGCUGGGAGCAGCACUGCAAGCUGCUUCCGGGAGUGGCUGAUAUCCAAGCCAGCCAAGUGGCCAGGUGGACAGUGGAUGAGGUGGCUGAGUUUGUACAGUCUCUUCUGGGCUGUGAAGAACAUGCCAAGUGCUUCAAGAAAGAGCAGAUAGAUGGCAAAGCCUUCCUGCUUCUGACCCAGGCAGACAUCGUUAAAGUGAUGAAGAUCAAGCUGGGCCCAGCACUGAAGAUUUAUAAUUCUAUCCUGAUGUUCAGGAACUCCCAGGAUGUCACUGAAGAUGAUGUUGCCUCGGGCCCAGAAGCCAGGAGAUAAACAUGCUCCUGAACAUCCCCCGAUACUGGGACUUGUGCCUUCAGAAACAAGGUUGGCCGCCAAUGUCCCCAUGGUCAUACCCUUUAAAGUGUCUGGUUUAGGUGUAUGGCAGACUUUGGCAAAUGGUGAAAUGCCAAUGACUCAGACACUUAGGUCCAAGUGUUGGUUUGGGUGCCAUCCUUACUGCAACAAACAGACUGAAGAAACUGUCCACAUGUCUGUCCUCUACCCUCUCUCUCUCUCUCUCUCUCUCUCUCUCUCUAUAUAUAUAUAUAUAUAUAUAUAUAUAUAUAUAUAUAUAUAUAUAUAUAUAUGAGAACCACUCUCCAUUCUGCAAGCAUUAAGUGUCUCAAGUGGUAAAAUGCCAGAUAAUCAAUUCAUUAAUCUAUCAUUAAUGUGUCCAACACAAACACAUCCAAGCACAGCUCACAUCUAUCAUCUGGGUGUGGCGAGUCUAAGAGAUGGGAGCCUGGUGCUUCCAAGAAGACUCCUGAGGUUUCUGUGCCCUUAACUCAGGAAAGUAUGAAUCUUUUAUAAAGUGCUAAUAUGCACAUUGUUUUCAUGAUGCUCACUUUUAUUCCUUUUACUAUUCUUUGGUUAUGUUUCCAAGGUGCCCCAGAGCCUACUCCGAGGAGUGUGCCUAGAAGUAGCAGCAGAGUAGUUGGGCAUUUCAGGGACCAGAUGAGGUCCUCCAGAGAACCGGCCAUCAGGGCUGUCUCCGGAGUUUUCUCUAACAACAGCCUUGGCCAAUAACCCACUUGAAUGAACUCCUUUCUGUCUGCAUUCUGAUGAAACAAACUUCAGAAUGAACUCCUCCCUCAUCUGUUGAUGCUGGAGCGAGUGUGUCAGGUUCUGGUUUCACCUCCAGAGGCAGGGCAGCAAGGCAGAGGACCUCCAGAGAGCAGCUCAGGAUCUGUUGUUUGGCUGAAUUCUUCUGACCCGUUCUCAGACUUCCAUCAUGUUUUAGAAGUGAGUGUGUCUGAGACUCGAGUUGUGAACAGACCACCUCAUAAUAAUGAAAAAGGAGAACCCCAAGUCUACAACUGUUUCUGCUCUUUCACAUAGUAGCAUUCACAACUGCCUUCCGGGAAGCAAAGACUCCUUCUUUAGGGAUGGGAACUAAAGGGGAAGCCGUGAGAAAGAGGCAGAUCUGACAACAUCUUUCUGCUACAUUAAUAACAUUCUCAAUUUAACAAAGUUGAUUCUGCCCAGCGAAUUUCUCUAACUUUAGGUCACUGAAGAAGAAAAAAACUUGAAAGCAUAUAUAUUGCAUUCUUUAAAUGCUUACCUAAAUGUAAAUUUAAUAUACUAUCAGGUGAUGUAAACUUGUUUCUGUAAUGUUUUGUUUUUCUCUUUUUUUUUUUUUUUUGGAGACUUCCACAUGCAAUAAAAAUU